AUGGCGCCGGAUAGAACAGGGAAAAGUGUUUUUCUGGGGAAUAUCCCCUACAACCUCACCGAGGAACAGGUCAAAGACAUCCUCAGCACUGCCGGCACGGUCACCAAAUUCCGCCUGAUGAUGAACCCAGAGACUGGCAAACCAAAGGGGUAUGGGUUUGCCGAUUUUGCCGACGCCGAUGCAGCGGCCUCGGCGGUGCGAAAUUUGAACGACUACGAGAUCAUGGGACGCAAGAUUCGGGUGGAUUGGCCGCAUAACAACGAGAAGGAUUCGGUCCCCCCCGAUUAUUCGCAAACCGGGCAAGCUCCCGUGCAGCAGGAUGGUCAGCUAGGAGGUCAGCAGUCAUCAGUUCCUCUACCACCCCUGCCUCCUGGGGUGGAUUUGCCUCCCCACCUGGACUGUCCGAAUGCGAUCUCUCAAACCCUAUCCUCCCUUCCUCCAAACCAGUUACUCGAUGUUCUCUCUCAGAUGAAAUCGUUGGCAGUCGCGGACCCCGCUCGGGCUGCCGAACUUUUGCGACAGGCUCCCCAGCUCGCAUACGCGAUCUUCCAGGCAUUGCUUCUGAUGAACCUGGUGGACUACAGCACUCUAGGAUCGGUAGUGGAACAAGCGGCGCAACCUGCAGCUGCCAUUCCUCCUCCCGCAACGCAGGCUUUCCAACAAUUUUCAGCCGUCCCUGGUCAAGUUUCGACGCCUCCCAUGGUCAAUACGCCUUUUACUCCUCAGCCGGCAUCUCAACCCACACCACAACCGCAGAUUGCAGGCCAAGAAGAGCUCCUCCAGCAAGUGCUCACCAUGCCUCAGUCAGCCAUUGAUGCCCUCCCCCCUAUGGAACGGAGUCAGAUCAUGCUACUACGACAGCAGCUGAUGCAAGGUGGGAUGCGUUAG